AUGUCGCUCGACGAUGUCCAGCACGCGAAGUUCACAUUCCUGUACGUCCCGGCGGAUAUCAACGACGCAGUCCAAGAGCGCACGUUCGAGGGAGAAGAACGCGGGUUCCGCGCUGCGAUGAACGCACACUUCAACCGCGAAAAUCUUCUCCAGAAGGAGGCUGACAAAUUCAAAGAAGACUUGAGCAAGAAAGCCGACGGGAAGCUCACCGACGAACAACUCACGACGCUCAUCGGCGCCGAACGCACCUACCAAAUCAUUCCGCUGACUCUCCCCACCAAGGCGAACGGCUUCCACGGCACGAAUGCGUACAUCGACAGCAUUGGGCGCGUAAAAGAUCUCCCCCUGAACGCCCGCGCCUCGCGCAUCUGCUCCACAGACAUUCGCGGAGACUGUUUUCUGUCGACGACGUUUGAUGACGAGGAGACGUUCAGGCGCGUGGACAUCACGAAGAAGGACUUUGAGUCUCUCAUGGCGAACCCGCCCGACGCCCGGGGAAGGUGGAGCGAAACCGCCGCGCUCUCGCAGCUGCUGAGUCAGCAACAGGCGGCCGCGGCUGCUUCUCAGGCUGCGCUCGCGAAUAAAAACAAAGAGCACGUAUGCGGCAACUGCGGGAAAAAGGAGACGCCCGCGGGCGAAGCGUCCGAAAAUCCGGUGAAGCUGAAGCGUUGCGGCGCAUGCGGCGAGGUCUACUACUGCAGUGCGGAGUGUCAGAAGCAGGAUUGGCGGCACCAUAAGCGUGUGUGCAAAAAGAAAUGA